CAAUUACGACGUCGUCGUCGUCGUCGUCGUCGUCGCUGUUGUGGGACGGCUCAUAAAGCUGUAGUGGGAGAUGCACCGUGUUCGCGCUCAUAGCAGCAUCAAUUGUAAUCUACGCUGAGUGCAUCUCAACAAUAGACCGGUGAUGGCCGCCCUAUAAGUAAGUGAGCUCUAGGCAGGGGUUAAAUGCGGAACUUGACUGCAUCGCGCGGUGCAAUAGUUUAGGUUCUCGCGAUGAUCGGUCCGGUUGUGAUUUUUGUAGGUGGAUUGUUGGUGCUAGGCGGGAGUUUUGCACAGGCGGAGGAUGAUCCCGGGAGUAAUCCCUGCGUGGUCAACUUCGAAGGGGGAACGGGUUCCGGUGUUGGGGUCCUGAAUAGAACCUUCAACGGGUUCAGAUAUUGUGAGUACUUGGGAAUACGGUACGCGGAGCCACCAGUUGGGCCGUUGAGGUUCAAGAGACCAGUGGUGAGAGCUCCAAAAGGAGCUGAACAGUACACGCGACUGGGAAGUAUCUGCGCUCAGCUGGACUCUUUCGACGACGCGGAAGAAGUAAUUGGUGACGAAGAUUGCCUCUUUCUGAACAUCUACAAGCCGUUGGACAAUGCAACCGAUGAAAAGAAGUAUCCAGUUUUGGUUUACAUUCACGGCGGAAGCUAUGCGGUGUGGUCACCUCAAACUGACAUGUUCGGUGUAGAUCUCCUGAUGGAAAACGGUAUGAUGAUCGUCUCCGUCAACUAUCGACUGACAGUUCUGGGAUUUCUUCGUCAUCCAGAAUUCAACAUCACCGGUAACUUCGGACUCAAAGAUCAUCUAGCAGCACUUAAAUGGGUUAAACGCUACAUAGAGCCUUUUGGAGGUGACCCUGAUAACGUAACCAUCAUGGGCCAAAGCGUUGGAGCUCACUCUGUUACAUAUUACAUAUAUUUGAAACCAUUCCAAGGAUUGUUCAACCGAGUCAUCGCGAUGUCCGGAUCAGUUCUUGCACCGUCAGCAAUGAUCUACAAUCCGGAAGAUGUCAGUGCCAAAUACCUAGAGUCGAUCAACAUUCACAGCUACGAUGAACUCAUGAACGCCAGUUUCAAAGAAGUGUUUUCGUUGAAAGCUUACAGUAGAAGGUUCAAUUUCGCCUACGUCAACCUACCCAUCUUUCUACCCACAGUUGAAGACCCUGAUGAUCCGGAAGCACUCAUUACGCAACCCGUGCAUGAGCUCAUUCAAACCGAACCAGCCAACAAAGUCCCACUCAUGAUCGGAAUGACCUCGUUGGAGUUCACGUCCCUGUUCGCUGGAGUCCCGGUCACCGACUUCACCGCCAAUGAUAGCUAUCCCAAUCGACAGAACAGAACGAUCUUCCGCGAAGGGAAGGGUAUGAUCGACGCUGCUGCCAAGCUUGCUCGCAAAGUUCAGCCAAACGGUGCGGGAAGGCACUUCUACGGUAAACUGGCAGAUCUGGCUAACAUGUACUAUCCGGUGAAAAAAGUACUGAAACGGUUAUCUCAGCUGGACUCAUACCGGGAGCCGAUCUAUUACUAUCGGUUUGAGUUCGAUGGAAAGUUUGGAAAGUAUAAAAACUAUAUCUACAAAGGGGCAGUGGAGCCAAGUUAUCCGGGCGCAAUACAUGGGGACGAUCUCGGCUAUCUGUUCUCACCGUACGUAGUGCGGAACGCUUUGGCUAACCGCAGCGCUUUCCAGACAGAGUGGAAAGUUACCGAUCGAUAUGUGCGCUACUUCUGUAAUUUCGUGAAAUUUGGAAAUCCAACACCCGAUUUUGAUGAAAGCUUGGGCAUUCAGUGGCCUGCGUACGAUGGAAAUAGCUCGAAUCCACAGUACCUCAACAUAAACGAUGACGAUGACGUUCGGGUGGACAACGAUCGGUCACACUAUAUAUUCCAGGUGUGGCGAGUAGCACACGAGUGCUUGUUCUACUAUCGAUGCUUGGAGGUGCAGGUUUUGAAAGAAAAAAUCGACAAGUACCUCACAAGUGACCAAGACAGUAUUAAUUUGGAGAAACUUUUCGAGGAGUAGAUUGGAAAUGGUUUGGUUGGAAUAAAAUAGGAUUUGUAUCUUAAACAUUAAAUCGACUUUGAAUUAUUUUUCUCAAUCUAAGUUGAUAUACGGAACACUUUCAUGACGAUGCAAUUAAAUUGAAAUUAGACAAAUCGUGGCAA